AUGUCUGACACUUUUUGUACGGACUGCAAGCGAUACACGGAAGUGGUAUUGGAUCAUGCGGCGGGAGACACCGUGUGCUCCGAGUGCGGUCUUGUGCUGGAAUCACGCUCUAUCGAUGAGACUUCCGAGUGGCGUACAUUUGCUGAUGAUUCCGGGUCGAAUGACCCGAAUAGGGUUGGUGUGCCCGUGAACCCGCUCCUGUCCGACGGGGUUCUGUCGACUUUCAUGUCCCCUGGGCUUAAUGGACCAAAUGGGGAUGUCUCUCUCGCCCGGUUGAAGAACCGCGGGGGCGAUCCUCACCGUGCCAUUGUCGUUGCCUUUAAGUCCAUUACGAACAUGGCUGAUAGGUUGAGCCUUGUGACAACCAUUAAGGAUCGGGCAAGUGAAAUAUAUAAAAGGUUGGAAGAUCAGAAGUGUACUAGAGGAAGAAAUUUGGAGGCACUAGUUGCUGGCUGCAUUUAUAUUGCUUGUCGGCAAGAAGGCAAGCCUCGCACUGUAAAAGAAAUUUGCUCUAUUGCAUCUGGAGCUACAAAAAAAGAAAUUGGCAGAGCAAAAGAAUUUAUUGUGAAACAAUUGAAGGUUGAGAUGGGUGAAUCAAUGGAGAUGGGUACUAUACAUGCAGAAGACUAUUUGAGACGUUUUUGUUCUAAUCUUGGUAUGAGACAUGAAGAGGUCAAAGCUGUCGAAGAAACCGUAUUGAAAUCAGGAGAAUUCGAUAUAAGGAGGAGCCCUAUAUCUAUUGCUGCAGCAAUUAUUUUCAUGAUUACGCAGUUGUCAGACUCGAAGAAACCCCUGCGAGAUAUCUCAAUUGCAACUACAGUAGCAGAAGGGACUAUCAAGAAUACCUACAAGGAUAUCUACCCCCAUGCUGCAAAGAUAGUACCUGACUGGUAUACAAAGGAACGGGACCUCAAGAACCUUUGCUGUUCUAAGUUCUAA